CUUUUACAUUUUCACUUUUCAGUUCAGAAGUACGCCAUGAUCAGCCGAAUCUUUGUAAAUUUUGAAUAGGAGUGUAAUUUAUUUUUGAGUGACUCCGUUGAUUGGUUGCAGAUUAUGUCCGCAGCUGGAUCGAGUGGUUCAGGUAGAGGUAGAGGUGGACAAGCCACAGUUGGCGAUCAAAAAGAAUCUAAAGAAAGCAAACCUAAUCCAAAAAUGUCUAAAGCUCUGGGCACUUCUGCUAAACGGAUUCAAAAAGAGCUGGCCGAGAUCACUCUUGAUCCUCCGCCAAAUUGUAGCGCAGGUCCUAAAGGAGAAAACUUUUAUGAAUGGGUUUCUACAAUUUUAGGACCACCUGGAUCUGUCUAUGAGGGUGGCGUCUUCUUCCUUGAUAUCCAUUUUUCCCCGGAAUACCCCUUCAAGCCUCCCAAGGUGACGUUCAGAACUCGGAUUUAUCACUGCAAUAUCAACAGUCAAGGAGUAAUAUGUCUAGACAUAUUGAAAGAUAACUGGUCACCAGCGUUGACCAUAUCUAAAGUUUUACUCUCAAUCUGCUCGCUGUUAACAGAUUGCAAUCCAGCUGAUCCACUAGUAGGCAGUAUAGCAACGCAAUACCUUCAAAAUCGCGAUGAACACGAUCGUAUAGCUCGCCUCUGGACUAAGCGGUACGCCACGUGAUUUGGUUGCCCCCAUUAUUGGCCCUUCCAGUCAUUGUCCUUACUCUGCCCGUACAGGCAACUUCGUAUUUUGAUCAUAAACAUAUAAUUUUAUUCUUGUAAUGUUUUUGUAAGUUUGUAAUACCUUUAAUGUCUUAAGUUAAUUGUUUACAAGGUUCAAGACAUUCAAAUGUAAGAUGCGUUAAAUUCAUAAGCGUUCUUCCUCUUCUAGUGUUCCAGGAAGAAACUGAACAACAUUCUAACGUUUAGAUGUAAAGAGUUGUGAUCUCUCUUUCAGUGUGCUUAAACUAUACUGAAUUCCGUAAUGAUGACAAAAUUUUUCAUGUGCUUUUUGCAAUUAUGUUGUCUGAUCAAUUGCUAGUUAUUACAGCACAAGACAAGUGUAUUUCGGUUUGUGAUAUAUCUGAUAAGUUUUUGAGACCUGCAUCCAUAUCAAAGCUGAAACUCGAUAGGUUAACUAAAAUGUUCGUAUUCCACCAGUUAAAAAGUUUCCUAAUGCUAUUCGUACAGUUGCCAAAUACUUAUACCUUCCAGUAUUUAGGCGUACUGAAAAACUUUAUGUUCCUGGUGAUUUCGUAUUUAUCCAUAGCGGGAAAUGCAAAGUGUGGUACCAUUUUGUAAUGAUGGAUUUGGAAAGUAUAUUUUAAUAGUAUGAUUGAUACACAUGUUGUAGACUUUUGCUAACAAUACGUCUAUCAAUUUAUACUAUAAUUCGACUAUUAGUGUAUAUCAUAACAAUUGUCGCAAAUAGUCCUGCAAUAUGUGCAAUUUAAUCGUUGUAGAUUGCUUGUGCAGAUACAUUUCGUUUUAUUGCGAUACUAUUAUGUUCGUGAAUAAAAUGCAAUAAGUACAUUUUCUAAUCGGCUUUCUGUGAAGUGAUUUUGUAAGAGAAUAUGGACUAUUCAUCUAGGUACUGUUUAGUUCUUAAUGGCGUAAUAAAUUUUAGUAUGUAAACUGGUUAUUUAAUGUGCAAGUCGUUGUGAUAUGAAAGCCAAAUUCAAUUUUUGUUUGCUAUUCAUUCAGAAAGACGUUGUCGUCUCGGUAAUAUUGCCACAUAUAUGGAUAAAAACAAGACGAUAUUUUAAUUAUUAGACUGAAGAACGGAAGAUUAAAGUAAAUUAAGUAACUUUUGUGUACAAACAUCUUGUUAAAUAGGGAACCGAAGGUUGUGUAAUAAACAAACUUGAAUAAUUAA